UGAAUGAGUAUCUCUGAAGCAUCUUUGUUUUCCAGAUGUGAAUAGAUCCACUAUACUGGCCUCGUCUUCCUUCCGGGAGACAGGGUGUGUCGGGACACAGAGCUAUUUAAGGCCACCCGCUCAAGGCCUUGAGGAGACUUUCUCUGACACGUUUUUGGAGGUCAGGGGAGUUGCUAGAGGCAUCCAAUCUCUGGCCCAAUGGAUCCUAAACUCAGGAGAAUGGCCGCCUCUCUCCUCUCUCUGCUGCUGCUGCUUGAGGGAGGAAUGUUCUCCUCAUCCUCAUCGCCCUCAGGUCUGCUGGAGAAGGUCUUCCAACACCUGGAUCUCCACCAGGAUGAAUUUGUGCAGAUGCUGAAGGAGUGGGUGGCCAUCGAGAGUGAUUCUGUCCAGCCUGUGCCUCGUCUCAGACAAGAGCUCUUCAGGAUGAUGGCUGUGGCUGCCGAUACACUCCAGCGCCUGGGAGCCACGGUGGACUCCAUGGACAUGGGCUCUCAGCAGCUUCCUGAUGGUCAGAUUCUUCCAAUACCUCCUGUCAUCCUGGCUGAACUGGGGAACGAUCCAAAGAAAGCCACUGUGUGCUUCUAUGGCCACUUGGACGUGCAGCCUGCUGAGCGUGGAGACGGGUGGCUCACGGACCCUUACGCGCUUACGGAAGUGGACGGAAAACUUUACGGACGAGGAGCCACAGACAACAAAGGCCCUGUCUUAGCCUGGAUUAAUGCUGUGAGCACCUUCAGAGCCCUGUAUCAGGAUCUCCCUGUGAAUAUCAAAUUCAUCAUCGAAGGGAUGGAAGAAGCCGGUUCUGUUGGCCUGGAGGAACUUGUUGAAAAAGAAAAGAACCGAUUCUUCUCUGGAGUGGACUACAUCGUAAUUUCAGAUAACCUGUGGGUCAGCCGAAAGAAGCCAGCAAUCACCUAUGGAACCCGAGGGAACAGUUACUUCACAGUGGAGGUGAAAUGCAGAGAUCAAGAUUUCCACUCAGGAACCUUUGGUGGCAUCCUUAAUGAACCCAUGGCUGAUCUGGUUGCUCUUCUCGGUAGCCUGGUAGACUCAUCUGGUCAUAUUCUGAUCCCCGGAAUCUAUGACCAGGUGGCUCCUCUUACAGAAGAAGAAAUACAUAUGUACAAAGCCAUUGAUCUGGACCUAGAAGAAUACCGGAAUAGCAGCCAAGUGGAGAAAUUCCUGUUUGACACGAAGGAGGAAAUUCUAAUGCACCUCUGGAGGUACCCGUCUCUUUCAAUUCAUGGGAUUGAGGGUGCGUUUGAUGACCCUGGAGCGAAAACAGUCAUCCCUGGCCGAGUUAUAGGAAAAUUUUCAAUCCGUCUAGUCCCCCACAUGAAUCUGUCUGUGGUGGAAAAACAGGUAACGCAGCAUCUCCAAGAUGUCUUCUCCAAAAGAAAUAGUUCCAACCAGAUGGCUGUUUCCAUGACACUAGGACUGCGCCCAUGGAUUGCAAAUAUUAACGAUAAUCAGUAUCUUGCAGCAAAAAGAGCCAUUGAAACAGUGUUUGGAACAGAACCAGAUAUGAUCCGGGAUGGAUCAACCAUUCCCAUUGCCAGAUUAUUCCAGGAGAUUAUCCACAAGAGUGUGGUGAUGAUCCCGCUAGGGGCUGUGGAUGAUGGGGAACACUCGCAGAAUGAGAAAAUCAACAGGUGGAACUACAUAGAGGGAUCCAAAUUAUUUGCUGCCUUUUUCCUAGAGCUCGCCAAGCUGCAUGAAUAAUAAUAAGAACCUUCCAGUCUGAUUUGACCCACAGACAGAUCCUCUCUCCCAUGUCCCUGGACAGAGAUAGAAUCUAAGUAUCCAGAGAAUUUGGGUUCAGUAAAGUGCAUUUUCCCUUCUAUUUAAAAUGUCUUGGGACAUUUGGACCAAUAAUAAAAUAUUUCAGAGGCACCGACAUUGGAAAUGGUUUAAGGUCCCCAAAUGUACACCUUCCUUAAGUCACAGCUACUUGCAACGACUUGAUUUCCCCAAGUCCUGGGCAAUAGCCCAGGAUUGGAUUCAUUUUAACCUUUUAGCAUGACUCUGACCUUGCAAUUCGACUGGCAUCAUCACUCCAGUUUCCUUUUGUGGUCCUCCAGUGCUCAUGACACGUCAUCAUUCCAUCUGACGACCACCUUUGCUUUAUCACUCCUUCCUUUUAUCUUAUUAAUAACGACAUUGGUCUUCAACUCUGACCGCAAUGAUUUCCCUGUGGAUUCAUUUUGCGAGGAGUUAUUAAAGCAUGGUGCUAUAUUAACUUCUUGCCUCUCCUUUAUUUAUUUUUUCCCUCUUCUUGAAAAGUCCUGAAACUGAAAUGAUCAAUAUUCAUACCCAUAUGCCAUUUGGGAUUCCUCGUGCAAAGAUGAGUAUUUUUUUAAACUCCAGGCUUCUUUGCAUUGGCUGUGACUGAUCCUCUUGAGAAGCCCCUCUGCCUCCUGUUUUUUCAUCCUAUCCCAUCAGCAAAGGCUACUCUCUUUCUACAACAUAUGUGCACAUGCUGCACCAUGGCAGGAUCAAUCCUGAUAGGAUUUCUCUCACCCCCGCUGGAACUUUUACUCAAUGACAACAUCUAAAUUGCUCAAAGCUUUUAAUAGCACCAGUUUUAGAUAGAGAACUAAUCAGCCCUGACAUCAGUAACGCAUUCUAAAUUCAAAGCCAUCAGCUAAUGCUGUAUUCAUUAAUCAUUUCAGUUAACCAUCUCGUUUGGCUUGAUUGGAUUUGAUGGUGUAAACAGAAAAAGAAUGUCAUCUUUCUAUGGUUGAGUGUAUAUAAACAAAUCAAGUCAAUCUUUAUGGAUUCAUUACUUAAAUCACAUUAAUGGAGAAGAAUUUAAGAGUUUAUUAAAAAUGUUUCUCUUAUGAUUCCAAAUAAAAAAACAGCAUAACACA